CAAUCAAUCAAAAUGGGUCGCCUUCACUCUAAGGGAAAGGGCAUUUCGUCCUCCGCUCUCCCCUACUCUCGCACUCCCCCGAGCUGGUUCAAGGCUUCCACCGAGCAGGUUGUUGAGCAGAUCUGCAAGCUCGCCAAGAAGGGUGCUACCCCCUCCCAGAUCGGUGUUGUCCUCCGUGACAGCCACGGUGUUGCCCAGGUCAAGACUGUCACUGGUAACAAGAUCCUCCGUAUCUUGAAGUCCAACGGCCUUGCCCCCGAGCUCCCCGAGGACCUGUACCACCUCAUCAAGAAGGCCGUCGCCGUCCGCAAGCACCUUGAGCGUAACCGCAAGGACAAGGACAGCAAGUUCCGCCUGAUUCUCAUCGAGUCUCGUAUCCACCGUCUGUCUCGUUACUACAAGUCCGUCGGUGUCCUCCCCCCCACCUGGCGUUACGAGUCCGCCACUGCUUCCACCCUCGUCGCUUAAGCGCGUGCACAUCUUCUUGUGCGGGGUUGGAAGUUGUUGUGGUGAAGUGGCUGUCGUUGUGGUUGAUUUGGGUCGAUCUGGAAAGGGUUGAUUCCGUCGAUAGUCAUGAAAUAAAAAACUUAUGACCACAUAC